AUGCUGAAGAAGAAAAAAAUUAAAUAAUUUUAUGAAACUAUUUUUGAAGAAAUUUGCUAAUUUAGCAUAGAUCAAUAACAAUAUUCAGAAUGGAUUUCCAAUAAGAAAUCUGUUCCAUUAAUUAAUAAAGAAUGUCCAAAAGAUCCUUUUGAUUUAGAGAUUGAAAGAAUUAAACAUGAAGCUUAAUUAGUUGAAGAAUAAUAAAAAGCUUAAGAAAAAGUUCUUUCAGCUGAAAAAAAUAAAAAAGGAGCUUAAAAAAGAAGCUAAGAAAAGUGA